CGCCUCGCCUCUGCUGCUACUGUAUAAAACCUGCCGUGUUAAUAUAGUGAUAAUGCCAUACAGGGCGGUGUGCAGGCAGGCAGGGGACCUAACGGUGUAAUGUGGUCGGGGGGAGGGUUGAUCUAUCGACUAAGAUACCAAACGAGCGAUUUGGACUUUAAAGAGUUGUUAUGAAUGCGGUCGGACAGACGAGGGUGACCGCGGUGUGACUUCCAGAGACGUCUUCACAGAAGAAGUUGUGCGCACACAGCGAGCUGCAGAAAAUAUACAUUGGGCAAUAAGGUUGUCACUGUCCCGUACGAGACGAUGUUUAUUUUGGCGCUCUGCCUGUACCUCGGGAAGUUGGUGUCGUCCGGUGUCAGUUUGGAGUUCCGUUAUCACAACACCGUGGAGGUGGAGAGAUACCUGCGGGACGUUAACAACACCUUCCAGUUCACACACCUGCACAGUAUCGGGAAAUCUGUCGAAGGGAGAGACCUCUGGGUGCUCAUUCUGGGAAAGAAUCCGUCUGAGCACCAGAUGGGAAUUCCUGAAUUCAAAUACGUUGGGAAUAUGCAUGGAAACGAGGUGGUGGGCAGAGUUCUCCUGCUCCAGCUGAUCGAUCACCUGACCCGUGGUUACCUUAGCGACCCGCUGGUGACCCGCCUCCUGAACAGCACCCGCGUCCACAUCCUGGUUUCCAUGAACCCAGACGGCUUCGAGUCCUCCAGCAGAGACUGCAUGUACUCCCAGGGGAGGUGAGAUAGUAAGGGACAUCAUGGGUUGUGUCUUACAGUCACCGUGGCUGGAGGAACAUCAUGGGUUGUGUCUUACAGUCACCGUGGCUGGAGGAACAUCAUGGGUUGUGUCUUACAGUCACCGUGGCUGGAGGAACAUCAUGGGUUGUGUCUUACAGUCACCGUGGCUGGAGGAACAUCAAUCUGUCCCUUCUGACACUGUACAGUAACUUCAAAAUCAACUCACAGCCUUGGUCCAGUCUGACUUGUGUUGUUGUAGAACUUUCCAAUGUGUUUUGGUGUGAGUGAGUGAGUAGUUGAUCUGCCCAUCCUACUAUGUGAUGCCACUAACCUUUCCAGACAAAGUGCCUCAGUGUCUGUUUCAGAGUAUCAUGUUGAUCUCCUAGAUGGUCAGUCAGCAUCUAUAGCUCUGUCCAUGGAUUUAACAGUGGUUACAUUUCUCCAGACCCAUCACACAGCUGUUGUUUAUU